GGGGGCUCCCAAGCCGACACGAGAUGGUCGUGGGACUGCGUUCACCGACCCGACUCAACCCGGGUCACUCUCCACUAACCAGGGUCAGAUGUGGCGCGGGUUGGUGGUGGCUAUAGUCUGGUUCGGGGCUCUGAGUUCUUUUUUCUUCCCCCUCGUCUCUCCAGCCUCGUGCGCUGAACUCAGCAGCCGGAGCAGUAGAGAUCAGCGAUUGCACAGUUUGCACAGUCGUUGGGCUUCAAAUUGUGCGCGUGAUUCUAAUCCGGAAAGUGGAUUGAUCCUCCUGCUACUGCUUCAGUUGGGCCGGGGAACUUAACAUCAUUUAAAAUUGCGCGGAGGCUCGACCAUGGGGACUCAAUGGGAAUAUCACCUCUGCUACAGCUGAGCUAGCGGUUUUGAUGUCUGUCUACAGCAAAAGCGAUUUGGGGAUGCAGGCAACUGCUAAAGUUGCAGAGAAGAGCAAAGCUGGUCACCACAGCGUUCGUCGUUCCUACAUGCACUCGCAAGCUGAACAAGACGUCGUAGAAGAACGAAUGGCCCCAGAUCCUUGCAUAGAAAGGGCAGUCGUCGAAAGGUUUCUUUAUAAUCUAGAGUUAGAUCUGUCUCUUCUCCCCCCCGACGCGGCAUAAAGAUUUCAAUGAUCUUUCAUUUUCUAUCAUUUAAGUGGUCUUUCUCUGAACUUUCUUCACUCUCGUGAAGCAAGCGUGAGUUAGCCUCAGAGCCUACAGCAACAAGAAGACGAAGUCCCCAGUGCCCGAAACAUCUCAAAUUUCAAGCCUUUGGAUCCUCACCAACAUGAUGAAUAUGGAAGUAUUAUCGCCCGUUUCCGCCCCGUGGUUGAGGAAAGGCGGGCCUGCAAGCAUGGGCUUCGAUGGGCUCAUAGAUCACUCCAGUCGCAGCCCUUUCAGUAGUGGCAGUGCCUCGCGACUGGAGACUGUCAGCUGGUUGCAGCUUGCUGACAGAGAGGUUGUCAAGGCUUCCAAGUCUUGGCAUGACAUUUCAUCAACCUUUGGCCUCGCUCCUCUGAAGCCUCCAACAACCAUCAACACCAGCACCAACAUCACCACUACCCAUCACGUCGUAAAAAAUCUUAUGAUUCACGUCGGGUCUCCGGUGGCACGCGAGAAGGGUCUGUAUGAGAACGAAGGCUUUGAACGCUACUGCAGUAAGUUUGAAGACGCCUCACUGAUUCCUGGCAUUCCAGACGAUGUGGCCAAGACUUGCCUGGCACUUAUACCCCGAGAAGACUUCUCUUCCAUCAGACGUGUUUGCAAGGCUUGGUGGGAUCACGUCCAGACCCGGGAAUUCUACCAUACUAGGAAGGGUGUUGGUACUUUGGAGGAGUGGCUGUACGUGUUGGCGCAAAAUCAUCGUACGAGGGCAUGCCAGUGGGAAGUGUUGAGUCCAAUAACCAAAGAGUGGAAAGCACUUCCCCAGGCUCCAGUUGUGAAGGAGGGUUCGGGUACCAUUGUUUUCAACGAGAAGCUGAUGGUCAUCGGCGGUGUGGAUCCAUCUGUAGGGAAGGGUCCAACUGCGGAGGUGUCGAUGUACGACCCUGUGCUUGAUCGAUGGGUGAAAGGUGCUAGCCUGAACACGCCACGCUCUCAAUUCGGGUGCGGGGUGGUGGACGGGAAGUUGUACGUUGUCGGAGGAAGUGGAGCUGAUGACGAGCGCCUUUCCAGCAUGGAGGUUUACGAUCCGGAGAGGGACGAGUGGACCAGGAGCGCCAAUUUGAGAAAAUCACGCUGGAGCUGUUUUGCUGCAGGGGUAGGAGGAAAAUUGUAUGUAAUGGGUGGUAGGAGUAGUUUUACACUCGGCAAUUGUCGAUCCAUUGACGUGUUUGAUCCCAAGACCGGGAACUGGACUGAGCUGAAGAAUGGAUGUCAGAUGGUUCUGACGCAUGCUGUGAUCAACGAUAAGAUUUACUGCUUGGAGUGGAAGGAUGAACGUUCUCUCAAAGUAUAUAACACCGCAGACAACACGUGGACGCGGAUCCUCCUCCCCCUUCCCAGCAACAUGCGCACGAGCUUCUGCCUGGGAACUGUUGGUGGCAAACUUUGGCUUUUUCCUAAUUCGAAAAUUACUAGUGAAACACUAGUAUACAACCCUGAGGCUGCUAGGGGUUCCGAGUGGCAGACAUCGCCUCUCAAGGCAUCGGGACCCUGUUUUGGUUGUGCUGCGUUGACAGCGUAAAGCAACCCGUUUGGUCCUCGGAGGGGGAUGUGGAUCUUUACAAGGGAGAUCCGUGUAAAGAGACUACAUUCUGUCAGUCUGCAGUCCGUCCUGGUGAUAGCCUUCUCAUCCGAGUCUGCUGGAGGGAUGAAGGGGGACAUGUCCAAACAUUUCUUUCUCGUCCGACUAAUUAGGGUCGGAACCAAAUUUAUAUUGUACGUAUUAGGCAUGUACUUAGUCCUUGAGGAAGAAGCAUUCAACCGUACAGGAUUUUAAGGUUUUUUCUUGUACAGAUUUUGGAAUGCGAACCUGUCCCUUCGUAAAGGAGCUAUCUUCCUCUUCCCUUUAAUUUAUUUGACUGGAGUUCAAAUUAACUUCAAGUCCCUAUAUUACCAAG